GUCACUUCUCUGCCGCUUAUCAAGAUGGUCCUGCUUUUGUUUUGCCUCGUGUGCGUUGGGUUUAUAUUUCUCCAGGCUUUCUUUGAUAUAUGGUUUUUAAUUAGAAUCGGGUUAUUUUACAGUUAUGCCUUUUUCUGGCAGAAGCACCCCAAAGACAUAUUCAAAACACUCGUCAUACCAAACCUGGUGCUGCCUUCUGACUUGGAUUACCUGCUGCACAUGAAUAACGCUCGCUACCUGCGUGAGGCUGAUAUUGCCCGCUGGACCUUCUUCGCCCGGUACAAGUUCGCUCGGCCACUCGGCGCUUUAAGAGCCGUCACCGUGCUGUCUGCCUCUUGCAGUCGCUAUCGCCGUCCGUUGAGGCUUUUUGAACACUUUGAUAUCCGUACGCAGCUUUUGGGUUGGGACGACCACGCGUUUUACUUGGAGCAGCAGUUUGUUAGCCAUCGUAAAAACUUUGUCGUUGCCAUAAUACAUUGCCGGCACCAUGUAACAGGCGCUACUCCUGCCGCCCUUAUGGAGGCUAUUGCACAGAAAAAGGUGGAAUCACCUGAGCUUCCCGAAGAGGUCAAGCAUUGGCUCAAGUACAACGAAGCCAGCAGCCAGAGACUGAGGGCAGAGAGCAACAUGCAGAAAAACAGCAAAGACCAGUAGUUCCUCUUCCCUCACCCCUGCUUCAUCUGUGGUGGACCAUAAAGGCUCUUCCAGAGAACUGUAACAGGCCUCUACUCUUCCACUGUAGUGAAGACAAAAGUCCCAAACAACAUCAACAGCAAAGCUAGCCACGGAGGGGAUGGCAUAGGUCCCAAAUGUUUUGGAAUUCAUUUAGCCUGACAUAAAUUUGGCCAUGCUGGGCAGUGCCGUUCUUUUUAACCAUGAGCCAGUUCAGGCCGUUCUCUGGUGGUGACCACUCGAGCUCUAAAUCCCUGAUGACCUGGCGGGCUUUUAAGUCUUAGUUGUUUUGUGAAGGAGAAAUCUACUUGUCCUCUGGAUUUAAAGUUACCACAUUACUAGGGAAAGAAAAUUAUAUAAACUAUUUAAUUUUAGUUUGUUGAAUAAGCAGCCUACAGACAUGAAUGUGUUAUGUUGAGCUACAGUGACUCGUCUGUUAAUAUUUUCAGUUUAGAGGCCGGUCCUAUUAUGGUAGCUUUUCCACCUAGUGCACGCUGCUGGUUAGUUAGAGAGGAGUGCGCACACGGGGCCAGCAGCCACCUUGAGCGCUGAGGCGCUGGAGGGGGUGCCGGGGCCGAGGGGGCACGUUGCGGAGCUGGUGGAGGCAAUGCUGGCGGCUGAGUGGGAGGACUGGGAAGCCGCCUGCGUGCCACCCCAGCUGCCUGCCACACCUGGCCCACAGCUGCUGCACCCAGCCGGGAGU